CUCAGCCGUCCCUCGUGCCUCAGCCUCACCCUACUGUCUCCGCGCGCCAUCAGUCUCCUCCAUCCAUCAAUCAAUUCAUCAGUUAAUCAGCUGAUCCAUCUGUGACCCGACCAGGCCGAAGACAGAGCAGAGAAUCCGUCCAUCUGGAAGGUGUGACCUCUGACCCCUGUUACCUGUCCAGAUGAGUGACCAGCCUCCUCCGUAUGCCCCUCCUCCCCCUGCUGGACCCUCUGCCCCUGGAUUCAGUGGACCCUUUGGUUCUCAGCCUGCAGCCUUCCCCGGUUCACCGUAUCAGACCUUUCCCGCUCAGACCUUCUACUACCAGGGCCCUCCUCCUCCUCCUGUUUCUGCGGUACCGGGGCCCUCGUGGCCCUACCACCAGGACCACCACAGUGGGCCCCCAGGGGCCUCCUACCCCUGGGAGGGACAGGCACCCAAAGACACAGUGUACAUGGUGAAGCCGGAUCAAGGCAACAGCGGAGGGCUCGGAGGGCUCGGAGGGCUUGGAGGGUUCGGAGGUGGCCUCAAAUCCUGUCUCGGAGCGUGCUCAGCCAUUCUGUGCUGCUGCUGCCUCUGGGACAUGCUCACCAGAUGACCUCUGAACGCUUCACUCUUUAUGUCUCUUAUUUUCUCUAUAAAAGACUAAACUGAUGUCAUUUGACCUAUUUUGACCUGUAACAGCCACAGUGACAGAAUUGUCCUUAAUCACACCACAGUUUUUCUUUGCUUUAAUAAAACAGUCAAGAAUAUGUGUUUAUUUUUAUUAUAUUUUAAGGUUUAUUUUGUUUUUUUUCCAUGUGUUGCUAUUUUCUCUUUCUGUCACUGGAUGGUGUAGUUUGCUUUUGUUGUUGGUUUCUGCAGUAAAAAGAUGAACAACAAACCCAAAACUACUCAAUCUGUUUUCUUUAUUUAUUUCUCUCAGUGUUCUACUUCAUUGGUGACUUUUGUAUGUUGAUUGACUAUUGAUCAUUCCUUGUUAAGCUUUAAAAUAAUGAAUAAAUAAACUAAUGAA